AUGUAUAUGCCUUAUGGGACGCGAGCGACUGGUGGUUCAAGAAAUCAGAAAGCAAAGGUACUAAAACCAACCUGCAUUAGGGCUCUCGAACUUGCCGCCGAUUACCAAGAAUUAUUGAAAGAACUGUCGACGCCUGAAGUAAAAUGCGUUGGGAAUUAUGUGUUGGAAAAGACACUUGGAGAAGGAACAUAUGGAAAGGUUAAAUUAGCAACACAUAAACUUACCAGUCAAAAGGUCGCAAUAAAAAUAAUACCAAAAAUUCACGCUGAAAAUUGUACCCGAGAAAUACAUCAUCUCCGACAUUUACAUCACCCAAACAUCAUUUCCUUACUUGAAAUUAUACCAACUGAGUCUAAAAUUUACAUGGUGUUAGAAUAUUGUGAGGGUGGCGAACUGUAUGAUUUCUUGGUUGAUCGGGGAGGGCGCCUGAGAGAGAACUUGGCGCGAAAGAUUUUCGGUCAACUGUGUAGGGCGGUUAAAUAUUGUCAUGAUAGACGAAUUGUUCACAGAGACCUUAAACUUGAAAAUAUUCUUCUUGAUGCAAAUAACAACGUAAAAUUGGGAGACUUCGGUUUUACGAGAGAGUGCGAAAGUAAGAAGUUACUAGAAACCAUAUGCGGAUCAGUAGGUUAUUCAGCACCAGACGCUCAAGAUUUGAUCAGUUCAAUAUUACAAUUGGAACCAACAGAGAGACCGUCAUUAAAACAGAUUCUACAACACCGGUGGUUUACGAUAAAAGAUGAGGAGGAAGAUGAUGAUGAAUGGGAUACAACCGAUGAUUUAGAUGAUAGCGAAUCCAUAUCAUCAGCUACCGGGAACGAUGAAAAGGAAAUUGUUAAACCAAGUAUCCCUCAAUCUAAAGAAGUCGGCGAGGCCACGAGCCAUCUCGAGCACCUUGAACGACAACGGCAAGAGAUCUUUCUAAUAACGAAUCACAAUGCAUAUAGUCAACAGCCAACAACAUCCGGUCAAUACAAUAGAAAUGUUGAAAAUGGAACGACCUCUGUACCUUCAGCGUAUGAGUCGCGACUAAAGGGAAUGACUUCCACCUCCACAAAUACUAUUCCACCAAGAGUUUGGGGACCCUCAACCUCGAAAUCUUCCCGAAGGUCUUCAAUUGAUAGUAAGGCUUUUAACGAAAGAGUUUUUUUUACAACUCCCGAAGAGAAGGAAUUGCUGGAAAAACUUGACAACUUGGGCUUUGAUUUUCAGGCUAUAAAAAAUAGUGUCUUGGAGGGUAAAGUGGAUUCAGCUAGUGGUCUAUGGUGGCUACUAUUAACAAAGUUGAGGGAAAAAAGGAGGAUAGAGGGAACGCAUAGUUCGAUAACAAUGGUAGAUGUGGCUGUUGGUACUAGUGAUGAUGAGGUGGAAUUAGUAGACGAUGUCGAGGAAGAAGUGGAGUAUGCAGAAUCACCACCGGAAAGUAAUCUUUUAUCCAGAUCAUCACAGGAAGAGUCAAGAGCCAAAGUUGAAAUCCCUGAAGAGAUAAUGCCCCCCACACCACCACCUAAGACCUAUCAUUCUGCACCAGCUUCACGCGAGAGGCGUAAAUCUUUGAUCCUUUCGUUGCCAGAGGCAGUAGAACCUGUUCUGACGACCAUUACUGCCACCGCAUCUCCCCCAAUAUCGCCAAAGAAGUAUCCAUCAUUUAGUCCGUUAAGCUCCCGAUCGGGAUGGUGGGUUGGUUCUAAUCAUAAAGAUUCGCACAAGAAAAACUUACUGAGCUGGACCGAAAGUCGAGUCGUUGUUCCUACCGAUGUUGCACGUUCGAGAUCUCGUAUUAACAGAAGGAGUGGCAGUAAAACUCCGCCUAAUGGUGAUAGCAUGAACCUUCAGAGAAGGUCCUCGUCGGUAUCACAUGGAUCAACAAAAGAUCGAAAGAAGAAGAAUCGAAACUCGUUGCAAGGUAAUAAGGGUCGACGUCAUAACUUUCCACCACUGAUAAUACCCCCUGUUACACCUUCUAUUGUCCUUUCACAAAAUUCCCCAACUGGUAUGUUACCUAUUCCUGGCACACCGCCGGCAGCAAGAUCUAAAACGAUGUUCACAAUUAAUCGUCGAAAUCCGUUUGCAUAUCCAGGUGCUUCCUGGGGGCGUAAACAGGUAAAGCGACGGAGUACAGGUGGUAGCUCAAUAAAUCAACUUGUAGAAAAUUUUAAUUCCACCAAUGAAUCUGGCUCGUCCGAGGACAUCAAUAACAAAAAUCAUCAGGAAAAAAAGGACACUUUUGAGAAAAGUGAGAUAGAGGACAUUAGUACUGAUGUGAAAAAUAAAAAAGAUGCAUUAAACAUAGAUGAACAAUCCAUAAUAGUAGAAUCUUCAAAAUUCAAAAUAACCGCUUUUGCAUCGCCCCCACCGACUCCACCUUCACCAAAAAAAAGCACAGAAACAUCCACGCCCGUUCAAGAGGGGAUCGAUUCAUCAAAAGCAGAUAAAUCCUCAUUUAAGAUGUCGGAAGAGAGUCUAGCGCUAAGUGAUGACGUUUCCCCACCGUUGUCUCCCACCGACAAUAAUGAUAGGACAACAACAUCAUUACCGCCUAGAAGAAGCAAUGAACAACGUCUAAAACCGAAUCCCACUCGUUCGUCCUUAUCAGGAGUGAAAGGAAAGAAUCCUGAGAUCAUUCAAUUACAAUCCGUCACGUCUACACCCCCAGAAUCUCCCAAAGUGUUACAACCAUCUUCCCCGUCAAUACGUCCGAUUCCUUCCAAAUCUAAACUUCGUCAGUCACACAGUCGAGCACAUUCUUCACCGAGUGUGCUUAAAAAUGUUGGAAAAGGAGACUCUGAUAAUUUAGAUGAAACUGAGAAUAUCGGUGUUGAUAUACCCAAUCAGAAAAUGGGACGUGAAGAAACAAGAUUUGAGUUGAGAAGAGAUUCCUCCCCUUCUCCUCCAAAUGUAUCUGUGCUCAACGGUGCACAACGUCUGUUCAUGCAAAAUAAUUCGGUAAAUCCGCGUCGCUCUCUGCAAAAUGGCUUCUCUCGAAAAACGAUGAACAAUUUCGGUGCGAGUACUGAUGGAAAUGGUUUUGGCGCCGUAAGCGGCAGACGUCCAAAGAUAACCAAACCUGCAAUGAUCAUGGAAGAAGAGGAGGAAGAAUGA